AUGCCUGUGAAUCCGAAAGAUGAGCCCUUCCCUUGGAAGCAACUUGUCAUCGUCGGAAUAUGCCGAUUCUCCGAGCCCCUUGCGUUCAACUCCAUCCUGGCGUACUCGUACGUCAUGGUAAAGGAAUUGGGAAUCCAUGAGAAGGAUGCUUCUUUCUACUCGGGACUAUUGCUCUCGGCCUACGCUGUCGCAGAAGCUAUUACUGCGCUGGGUUGGGGCGCUAUUUCCGAUGUUUACGGUAGAAAGCCCGUCGCGCUGAUUGGCUUGGCGGGCGUUGCACUGAGCAGUCUUGCCUUUGGCUUUGCGAAGACGUACUGGGUUGCUCUGCUGGCGCGCUUUGUUGGCGGCGCGUUGAACGGAAACGUUGCCAUCAUGCAGACCAUGGUGCAGGAAAUGGUCAAGAACCCUGCGCACGAGCCAAAGGCAUAUGCGACGCAACCUUUUGUCUGGACUCUUGGUGGUAUCAUUGGAUCCGCUAUGGGUGGCUUCCUUGCGCAGCCUGCGAAGUUCUACCCAGGAACCUUCUCUGAGGAUGGCAUUUUCGGUAGGUACCCGUAUCUGCUGCCUAACCUUGUAGCGGCCCUUGGAAUCGUGCUGGCCAUCAUCCAGGGUAUGUUCUUCCUGGAAGAGACACUCCCCAUGCAGGAAGAGAUUGAAGAAGAGACAACUCACGCGGCUAUCCUUGACCCCACUAUUAAUGAGCGAGCUCCUUUGCUCUCAAACGUCCAUUCGACGCUGCCUCGCGAUGCUGGACGACCCCGUGAUCGCAGCUCGCUCUCGCGUGCCUCUCGGUCGCGCGCAUUUUCAAGCAGCAGCUUCCGUAACCGUUCCAUGUCCAUCGUUGACGGUCUACGUCAAAUCCGCAAGAAGCCAUCUUUCCUGGAAGAUGGUAUGCCAUCAGCCAUCGACCAACGAUUCGAUAUCCGCCGGGACUCUUUCGGAACUAUGCACAGCAUCAGACUCGCGCACCAUGAGAUCCUGCCAGCGGCGAUCUCACGUCCUGACUCCACAGGGGCUAAGAAGACCUUCAACUACACAGUCGUCAUGCUUACGCUCGCCUUGACCAUCAUUGCUUUCCACCAAAUGGCCUACAUCACCAACUUACCCGUCUAUCUCCUUGAUAAAUCCGCGAAGGACGGCAUCGACUUCACUGGCGGCUUGGGUCUCGAUCUUCACGACGUGGGCACCUUCCUUGCGGUCAACGGUCUCAUCGCUUUGUUCACACAGGGCGUCAUCUUCCCGUUCUUCGUGGAGAAAGUAGGCGUCUGGAACACGUUUGUCAGCAUGAUUGUCCUGUACCCAACAACCUACAUCAUCGUCCCAUUCAUCAGCGCCCUCCCGCAAAAGCUCGUCUCGCCGGGUGUCUACCUUUCGCUCUUCCUGCAGGGGCUUUUCGGCAUCCUCGUCUUCCCAUGCGCCCUCAUCCUACUCAAGAACGCAACGCCCUCGCCACUCGUAUUGGGCCGUGUCAACGGCGCAGCUAUGUCAGCAUGCUGUCUUGCACGAACCGUCUCAAGUCCGCUCGUUGGAGUAGUGUACUCUGCGGGAGGCAGUGCAGCAGCGUGGUUCUUCUUGGCUGGAUGUGCCGUCGUCGGUGCGCUGCAAUUGUUCUGGGUUCCUAAUGAACACGUGGACAAAGUGAAGGUCGAGAACAUCGUCAAGGACGCCGUGCAAGAGGCUAUUCACCCCCACCAUGUCCAUAUCAGCGACACGGACAGCGUGGCGGUCGCAGACUAUGAUGAUUGA